UAUUACUUUUAAUCCUAGAGUUAUUUCGUAAAUAAUUAAAUAAAUUUUUCAAAUUUUGUGUUUCAAAUCUUGGCAUUUAGUGUUAGAAAACUUGGAAUGGAUGUGUUCUUUUCAACAUAACAUUGUUAUGAUUAUUAUUGGUGGAAAUUAAAUUAAUAAUUUAUCUCAGGGUUAAACGGUUGAUUAUUGAUACAAUUGGUUCUUUCUUUGUUCUGAUGAUGAGUUUUCAGCGUCUUGUUGCGUUUUGUAUGCUUUUUAGUUGCAGCUAUGCGUAUAAACCAGUGGUUUUAAUUCAUGGAAUUAUGACGGGAAGUGGAAGUAUGGAAAUAAUCUCUAGGAGAAUUCAAGAGAAACAUCCUGGCACUAAAGUCUAUAAUGUAAAUAGGUUUGAGAGUUGGUCGAGUUUGGAAACCAUGUGGCACCAAGUGUUGGAAAUUGGUCAAGAUGUAGCAAAUAUAUCUAGUCAUUAUCCGGAAGGAAUUAAUCUAAUUGGGUACUCCCAAGGAGGACUUGUUGCUCGGGGUAUUGUGCAAACAUUUCCAAAUGUGUCUGUGAGCACUUUUAUAUCUCUCAGCUCUCCUCAAGCUGGUCAGUAUGGAGCUGGGUUUCUUCACGUCGUAUUUCCUGGUUUAGUUAAGGAGUCAGCUUAUGAAUUAUUCUAUUCGAGAGUUGGUCAACACACAUCUGUCGGGAACUACUGGAAAGACCCCUACCAUCAAACGUUGUAUGAGGAAUAUAGUGUUUAUCUGCCAUAUAUUAAUAAUCAUAUCCUGUCUGCAAAAUCAAAUGAUUUCAAGAACAAUCUAUUAAGUUUGAAGCGGCUUGUUUUAAUUGGUGGACCAGAUGAUCAAGUUAUUACUCCUUGGCAGAGCAGUCAAUUCGGCUACUAUGGAAUGAACGAGACAGUGAUAGAAUUGCGAGAGCAGGACAUCUAUAUGUCAGACCGGAUUGGCUUGCGUGCUCUCGACGAGAGCGGACGUCUUCAUGUCGUCACGGUGCCUGGUAUUAAUCAUUUUGAUUGGCACAUGAAUGUAAGCAUUGUAGACGAUUAUUUAUUACCAUAUUUAGAUUAAUUAGACGAACGCCAAAUUAAUAUAAGAAUCGACAAAUGAAUGCAAAGAUUUUUUGAUAUUUUGCAUUUUAUCGAAUAAUCAGCGAUUUUGAAGUUAGACAUACGAGUUUUUAAAUAU